UCGAAAUUUUACAAAUGUGUGUGAAGUGUGCCAUGACUCUAUAUAUCACCCUUCACCUAACAAGUAGAUACUGCUGUUGCUGUAUAAGCAGAGCAUGUAGAUAUUAACCUACAAGAAGCCAAGACAUACAUAGAUGCAGAGAGAAUGGGAGAGACAGAGAGAGACAAAGUAGAGAAACCAAAGAGAGAGAGAGAUAGAGACCUUCAUCAUCUGCAUUACAAAUGUUGCACAUGAGCAUUGGGGGGUAGGUUGACUGUGUUGCGAUUAACACGCUCCCUCAGCUGGGUGUUCAUUUAAAUCUGCAGUACGAUAUCCUCAAGUCUGAACCCUUGGAUAAGGGUCACUUGCCAGAGGAGGAUUUUUUUCUGCCUCUGUUUUUUAUACUUCCUUCUUGGGCAGAAGGCUGGUGUAAUAGAAACCAGACACAAGCCAGAAUGUGAGGCAUUCACAGCGGCGAGACCUCACUUCUUCACAGAGUGGGAAAAAGGAAUAAUUAGAAAGUCUAGUCUGAUAAGUUCACCCUUUUUAGUUUUAUUUUUGCCAUUCUGGAAGUUAUAAAUAAGAACGAAAAGGUCAGGACAUUAGGAUGGAAGCGCUAUUCUAGGGAUCAGACUGUGCAGAGGACAUCUAGAGAAGGCAAAGGAGACCUUGAGGAUGGGAAAUGCAUUUGCAACUUUUCCAGAUUCUAGUUGAAAAGCUUGUGAGAGCAACAUGAGCUGGAGCUUUCUCACUCGUCUCCUGGAAGAGAUCCACCACCACUCCACCUUUGUGGGGAAAGUGUGGCUGACUGUGCUCAUCAUAUUCCGCAUUGUGCUCACAGCGGUUGGAGGGGAGUCCAUCUACUCGGACGAGCAGACAAAGUUUACCUGCAACACCAAGCAGCCAGGUUGUGACAACGUAUGCUAUGAUGCCUUUGCCCCUCUCUCGCACGUCCGCUUCUGGGUCUUCCAGAUCAUCAUGAUCUCUACUCCUUCUAUCAUGUACGUGGGUUACGCCAUCCACAAGAUAGCCCGGAUUUCAGAGGAGGAUCGCAGGAAGCUUCAAAGGCUCCGCAAAAAGCCUACUUCUCACUCCAGAUGGAGAGAAAGCCACCCUCUGGAAGACGUCUUAGAGGGGGAUGAAGACGACGAUGCUGAGCCCAUGAUCUUUGAGGAUACACUGGAGGUGCAGGAGACCAAGCCUGAAGCUGUGAGCAGCACUAGCAAAGACCCACCAAAACAUGAUGGCCGCCGAAGAAUUAUGCAAGAAGGCCUGAUGAGAAUCUAUGUUCUUCAGCUCAUGUCGCGAGCUAUUUUUGAAAUAGCUUUUCUUGCAGGACAGUAUCUCCUUUAUGGUUUUCGAGUUAGUCCUUCAUAUGUAUGCAACAGGGUCCCUUGCCCACACAGAGUGGACUGUUUCAUCUCCAGGCCCACAGAAAAAACAAUCUUCCUUCUUAUCAUGUAUGUGGUAAGCUGUCUUUGUCUAGUGUUAAAUGUGUGUGAGAUGCUUCACUUAGGGAUCGGCACUUUUCGGGACACCCUUCGAAUUAAGAGGAACCGGGGCCGACGGAUGUCCUAUGGCUACCCGUUUUCUCGAAAUAUCCCAGCCUCCCCUCCAGGGUACAACCUUGUGAUGAAGACAGACAAACCUACCAGGAUCCCCAACAGCCUCAUCACCCACGAGCAGAACAUGGCCAAUGUGGCCCAGGAGCAGCAGUGCACAAGCCCAGAUGAGAACAUCCCUUCUGAUUUAGCAAGCCUACACCGGCACCUACGUGUUGCCCAGGAGCAGCUUGAUAUGGCCUUUCAAACAUAUCAAACAAAAAACAUCCAACAGACCUCCAGGACCAGUAGUCCUGUAUCUGGGGGCACUAUGGCAGAGCAAAAUCGAGUAAAUACAGUCCAGGAGAAACAGGGAGCAAGGCCAAAGUUAGCCACAGAGAAGGCUGCAACUAUUGUAAAAAAUGGAAAGACAUCUGUCUGGAUAUAGCCUCAGUCUAAUUUAAGAUAUUAUAACAGUUAAAAUGAUUUGGACUCAAAGACUUCACUGCGACACCGCUGCAGGAUGUGUGUGUGUGUGUGUGUGUGUGUGUGUGUGUGUGUGUGUGUGUGUGUGUGUGUGUGUGCGGGUGUGCGUGCGUGCGUGCGUGCGUGUGUGUGUGUGUGUGUGUGUGUGUAUGUGUGUUACUUUAUGUGGGAGAGAUGUGACUUAGACCAUCACUACAGGAGAACAGAGUAUAAUACACAUUUUUUUAAAUUCAGAAGAACGUAUGAAGAAACUAUUUUAAAAAAAAACAUCACAAAACUUCCUUUUUACUGUAGCGUGUCAUUUUGUACUUGCCAUAGCUUUUGGACAUGGGUAACAUGUGCAUACUUAGCUUAAGAUCUUUAAUUCCAGCUAACAUUUAUUAGACAGACUGCUUGGGGCUAUUUAUCUGAUCUACCCUUGACUGCCGCUGAACUGGAUUCAUCAAGAGAAAUCUAACUUUAUAAGUGUGUGAUUGUACCCUUUAACUUAAUUGAAAAUUGCAGUAAAAACACUGUCCAAAUGUACAAUGACUCAUUUCCGUAGAAUGAUGUUACUUUUGGAAAGAUGCAUGUUUAAUAUUUGGAGAAAUAUUUUUGGAUGUAGUAUGGAUGAGCAUUGCUGGAAGCAGAUAAUGUGAAAUAUUUUGAUAAAGAUAAUGAAACAG